AUGCAUAUCCAAACCCUGGCUGCAAGCCUCGCACUCGUGUCAGGCGCUCUCGCUGCGCAAUUGACGCAGGUCUCGAACUAUGGUGGUAGUGCGCGAGCGAAGCCUGGCAUGUGGGUAUAUGUACCCGACCAAGUCAAGAGUGACGCACUGGUCGUAGCAAUUCACUCGUGCCAAUCAUCGGCGCAGAAGUACUUUCAAAACUCCCUGAUUCCAUGGAAGAAAGGAUCGGACACGAAAGGUUACGUGACAGUAUGGCCAAGCUCGACGACUGAGUGCUGGGAUGUGUCCAGCAAGGCUUCACUGUCGCAUAACGGUGGCGGCGAUUCGAAUGCCAUUGCGAACAUGAUCACAUAUGCGAUUGACAAGUACAAGAUUGAUCCCAAGAAAGUCUUCGUUACGGGUGGUUCCUCUGUCGGCAUGAUGAGCAACGUCCUCGCCGCCACUUACCCCGAGCUCAUCAGCGCAGUGUCGCUGUACUCUGGUGUACCGGCUGGGUGUUUCGUCUCCGCCUCCGGAGCAGCGGCAGCAUGGAACAACACAUGCUCUGGCGGACAGUCUAUCUCCACUGCGCAACACUGGGGCGAUGUAGUUCGAGGAAUGUAUCCAGGGUACAACGGAACACGACCGCGCAUGCAAUUCUGGCAUGGCUCUGUAGACGGAACGCUUAGUCCCAAGAACUACGACGAGACGUUGAAGCAAUGGACCAAUGUGUUUGGCGUCAGUACUACACCAACAAGCUCAAAGAAGGAUACACCAGAGAAGAACUAUCGCACUGACGACUUCGGCCCGAGCGUCGAGGGUAUCUGGGCAGUGGGUGUAGGACAUAGCGUUCCCUCGCAUUUGACAGUAUCGGAAGCCUGGUUUGGCUUGUAA